ACUAAGAAGCGUUAGCAUUGAAGCUGCUGACCACACUUCAACUGGGAGAAGGGUGGCAUCUGCAGUGGAGUUAUGUGACUGUCCCCCGGGGUAUGAUGGUACCUCGUGUGAGUCUUGCUGGCCUCAACACAGGCGUGUGAAUGGCACAAUUUUUGGCGGAGUCUGUGCACCAUGUACAUGCUUUGGCCAUGCAGAGUUGUGUGAUGAUAUCACAGGAGAAUGCCUGGACUGCAAACACAACACAGGUGGUUCAUAUUGUGAUAGAUGUCUUCCUGGCUUCUAUGGUGAUCCUACUAAAGGGACAGCUGAAGACUGUCAGCUGUGUGCUUGUCCCCUCAAUAUACCUUCUAACAACUUUAGCCCAACAUGCCAUUUUGACCGAAGUCGUGGAUUAAUAUGUGAUGAAUGCCCAGCUGGGUACGUGGGACCACGCUGUGAAAGGUGUGCAGAAGGCUAUUUUGGACAACCUCUAAUACCAGGGGGAUCGUGCCAGCCAUGCCAGUGUAAUGACAACCUUGACUUCUCCAUUCCUGGCAGCUGUGACAGCUUGUCUGGUGCUUGCCUGAUAUGUAAGCCAGGUACAACAGGCCAAUAUUGUGAGAGGUGUGCUGAUGGAUAUUUUGGCGAUGCUCUUGAUGCAAGGAACUGUCAACCCUGUCACUGUCACAUCAAUGGCUCCUUCUCAGACAUCUGUGACUCUCGGACAGGCCAGUGCGAGUGUAAAGCCAAUGUGAUCGGGCGCCGGUGCGACGUCUGCCAGCCUGAAACAUUUGGCUUACAGUCUUCAAGAGGAUGUGUGCCCUGCAACUGUAACUCUUUUGGUUCCAAGUCCUUCGACUGCGAUGGAGAUGGACAGUGUUACUGCCAGCCUGGAGUGACAGGAAGGAAGUGUGACCGCUGUGCACACGGAUUUUACAACUUCGAAGAAGGAGGCUGUACUCCCUGUGAGUGUUCACAUUUUGGUAAUAACUGCGAUCCCGUCAGUGGCCGCUGUAUCUGCCCUCCCAAUACUGUUGGAGAGAUGUGUGACAAAUGUGCACCAAAUUACUGGGGCCAUGACAUUGUCAGUGGCUGCAAGCCCUGUGACUGCAGCUUCAUUGGAGCCCUGAGUUCUCAGUGUGACUUAAAUACAGGCUGUUGCUUCUGCCGCCCUGAAUUCUCUGGGGAUAAGUGCACUGAGUGCAGGUUGGGUUACUGGAAUUAUCCACAAUGUGUUGCUUGUCAGUGCUUCCUGGCAGGGACUGAUCCACAGAGCUGCGAUACAGAGAUGGGAAAGUGCUCAUGCAUUGAUCAUAAUGGCCAAUGCAGCUGCAAGGUUAAUGUGGAAGGUGUCCAUUGUGACAGGUGCAAGUCUGGUACAUUUGGUCUCUCUGCCAGAAACCCACUUGGCUGCAGCAGUUGCUAUUGCUUUGGCCUGACUACACAGUGCAGUGAGGCAAGGGGGCUGAUUCGCAUGUGGGUAACCUUGAAGCCAGAGCAAAUGAUUCUACCACUGGUAGAUGAAAAACUUCAGCGCAGCACUCUUUCAGGGAUUGCAUUCCAGCCUCCUGAAAUAGUAGCCAAUAUAGAACAGGUGAUGCAGGAUCUUCGGUCAGAACCUGUUUACUGGAGACUUCCGGAGCAAUUUGAGGGACGAAAGCUGACUGCUUAUGGAGGGAAACUGAAAUACGCAAUCUACUUUGAAGCACGAGAAGAGACAGGCUUUACUACUUACUACCCUCAAGUCAUCAUAAGAGGUGGGCCUGCCACCCAUACAAGAAUUAUUGUCCGGCAUAUGGCUGCCCCUCUGAUUGGGCAGCUGACAAGGCACGAGAUAGAGAUGACAGAGGCAGAUUUCACAUGGAAGCAUUAUGGAGAUGACUCAAGACCAAGUAGAGCUGUAUCCCGGGAAGACUUCCUGAAUGUGUUGUAUGACGUUCAUUACAUUCUUAUUAAGGCUACUCAUGGCAAUAUCAUGAGGCAGAGCAGGAUUUCUGAGAUCUCAAUGGAAGUUGCUGAACGCGGCACUGUGUCUGGGAUGACUCCUCAGGCUUACUUGAUUGAGAAAUGUGACUGCCCGUUGGGUUAUUCUGGUUUGUCUUGUGAGUCAUGCUCUCCAGGAUUUUAUAGGCUUCCAUCUUCACCUGCAGGAAGGACACCUGCUCAGUCCUUAGGUGCCUGUGUUGUAUGUCAGUGUCAUGGACACAGUACUAUGUGUGACCCUGAAACAUCAGUUUGUCAGAAUUGUCAGCACAAUACUGCUGGUGACCACUGUGAGAGGUGUGCACUGGGAUUUUAUGGUGUUGUCCAAGGCUCUCCAGAUGACUGUCAGCCUUGUGCUUGUCCCCGAUCCAUUUCUAGUAACAAUUUUAGUCCUUCUUGUGUUGCGGAAGGACCUAGUGAUUACCGGUGUACUGCAUGCCCACCUGGAUAUGAAGGCCAGUACUGUGAAAGAUGUUCUUCUGGCUACGUGGGAAACCCACAAACUCCAGGAGGUUCCUGCCAGGAAUGUGAGUGUGAUCGAUACGGUUCCCUGCCUGUCCCCUGUGAUCCUGUCACUGGACAGUGCACUUGCAAGCCUGGAUUCACCGGGUGGAAGUGUGUUGGCUGUGAACAUCGGCAUGCGCGUGAUGGCAUGAAAUGCAUUUCUUGUGAUGAUGAAUGCACAGGACUCCUUCUCAGUGACCUGGAUCGGCUAAACCAGAUGAUCCUGAGCGUUAACCUUAGUGGUCCGGUGCCUGCUCCAUAUAAAACAUUGCAUGGUUUUGAGAACAUGACACAGGAAUUAAAGCAUUUGCUUUCACCUCAGCGAGCACCAGAGAGACUUCUUCAGCUAGCACACGAAAAUCUGGAUACCCUGGUGACAGAAAUGGAUGAGCUACUGACAAGAGCUACAAAGGUGACAGCAGAUGGUGAGCAAACCAGGCAGGAUGCUGAGAGGACAAAUGACAGAGCGAAAUCUCUUGGACAGUUCGUCAAAGGCAUUCUCCAAGCUGCUGAAGCUGCAAAUGAAGAUGCUAUAAAACUGAAUGAGACACUCAGAACCCAAGACGAGACCUUGGAGAAGAGUCUUCCAGAACUGCAGAGGGAGGCCGACAGAAUGGUCGCAGAGUUGAGAAGCAGAGAGCUGAACAUGCAAGAAAGAAUAGCUCAAGAUGAGUUACAGGGUGGUGAUGUAUUGCAGGAGGACAAGGUGAAGAAAUUAUUUGGUGAGCCCAGUGAGAAAAAUGAGGACCUCAAAAAUGAGGUCCGGGACAAGCUGGCAAACUACCACACCAAAGUUAAUGAUGCUCGAGACCUGCUAAGAGAAGCUACGAGUAAAAUUAGGGAGGCUGAUCAUUUAUCUGCAGUCAACCAAAAAAAUAUGACCAUGGUAGAGAAAAAGAAACAAGCUGUAGAAGAUGGCAGACAAGAUGUUGAGAAGAGCCUGCAGGAAGGGAAUGAUGUCCUUAAUGAAGCCAACAAACUUGCAAAUGAAAUCAGCUUAGCUGUAGAGUAUGUAGACAGCGUUGCAGAUAAGAUACAGCCAAUGUCUGAUCAGCUGAAGGAUAAAAUAGAUGACUUAUCACAAGAAAUUCGUGACAGGAUGCUUCCAGAAAAGGUGUUGCAAGCUGAGAACCAUGCAGCCCAGCUGAAUGAAUCAUCUGCAGUACUGGAUGGAAUCCUUGCUGAAGCCAAAAACCUCUCUUUCAAUGCCACACUUGCUUUCAAUGCUUAUACUAACAUCAAGGAUUACACAGAUGAAGCUGAGAAAGUUGCCAAGGAAGCCAAGGCUCUUGCAAAUGAAGCUAUGCAGGCGACAUCUGGUCCUCAAGGAUCAUUGAAGGAUGGCGCCAAGACCUCUCUUCAGAAAAGCUUCAGGGUCCUUAAUGAAGCCCAGAUGUUAGAAAAUGAUGUUAAAGAAAAGGGGGAUAACCUGGACAGCAUGCAGAACAGGCUGAAAGAUGCUGAUGAGAAGAAUUCCAUUCUCCUGAGAGCUCUGAAUGAAACUUUUGGAAAGCUGUCAGCCAUUCCCAACGAUACAGCUGUAAAGGUACAGGCAGCCAAAGACAAAGCAAGACAAGCCAACGAUACUGCAAAUGAUGUCCUAGCCCAGGUUAAAGACCUCAACCAGAAUCUCCUGGGCUUGAGAAACAACUACAGUAAACUUGCAGAUGACGUGGCAAAAACAAAUGCUGUUGUGAAGGAUCCUAUCAAGAACAAAAUCAUUGCUGAUGCAGAUUCCAGUAUUAAAACCCUAGAAAAGGAAGCAGAUCGCCUGCUAGAUAAAAUCAAGCCAAUCAAAGAACUUCAGGAUAACUUAGGGAAAAACAUUUCUCAGAUAAAAGAGCUGAUAAACCAAGCUCGGAAGCAAGCCAAUUCGAUCAAAGUGUCUGUGUCCUCUGGAGGCAAUUGUAUUCGUACGUACAGACCAGAAAUAAAGAAGGGAACAUACAACACUGUCAUUGUCAAUGUGAAGACUGUAGUUGCUGACAAUCUGCUCUUUUACCUUGGAAGCGCCAAGUUUACUGACUUCUUGGCCAUAGAGAUGCGCAAAGGCAAGGUGAGCUUCCUGUGGGAUGUGGGAUCUGGUGUUGGACGGGUAGAGUAUCCAGAUCUGACCAUUGAUGAUGGGUUUUGGUACCGGAUUGAAGCCUCUAG